AAAAUCCCUCAGGAAGCGUCUCAAAAAUCUGGAAAAAAUGGCGCUUUUUUACCAAUUCUGCCAUUUUGGCGUCAAAAUCCCUCAGGAAGUGCCUCAAAAAUCUGGAAAAAAUGGCGUUUUUUUACCAAUUCUGCCAUUUUGGCAUCAAAAUCCCUCAGGAAGCGCCUCAAAAAUCUGGAAAAAAUGGCGUUUUUUUACCAAUUCUGCCAUUUUGGCGUCAAAAUCCCUCAGGAAGUGCCUCAAAAAUCUGGAUAAAAUGGCGCUUUUUUGCCAGUUCUGCCAUUUUGGUGUCAAAAUCCGCUUGGUGGCACCUGAAAAGUCGGGACAGCUUUGGGAAUUUUGCCCGGAUUCCGCCGUUUUUUUCCCUUUUGGCGCCAUUUUUUCCCCCUUUCCCUCCCCAGGCUCACCUGAGGCAGGUGCAGGAGCAGCUCCACGUGCAGCUGGACCGGGUGGCCGCUCUGCAGGAGGUGGAGAGAUCCCAGAAAUCCCUCCUGGCCGAGCAGGAAGAGCGGAUCCACCGCCUGGAGAUGGAGCGGCGCCGCCUGCACAACGAUAUCCAGGAGCUCAAGGGCAACAUCCGCGUGUUCUGCCGCGUGCGGCCGGUGCUGCCGCAGGAGUCGGAGCGGCAGCGGGGGCUCCACCACCUCCACUUCUCUCCUCAGGACCCCAAAACGCUCGUGCUCACCCGGCCCGACGAGUCCCACGUGGGGCGGGAGCGGCGCCCGGAGCUGCGCUACGACUUCAGCUUCGACCGCGUCUUCCCGCCCGGAGCUUCCCAGCAGGAAAUAUUCCAGGAAAUCCAACUGCUCGUCCAGGUUUGCCUCCCAAAACAUCCCUUCCCACCCCCCUGCAGCUCAACAGUCCCAAAAAUCCCCGGAAUUCCACCCAAAUCCAACUCCAUCCCACCCGAAUCCCCCCCCAGCAUUCCCAAUCCCCCUCAGAAUUCCCAAAUCCCCCUCAGAAUUCCCAAACCCCCCUCAGAAUUCCCAAACCCCCCUCAGAAUUCCCAAACCCCCCUCAGAAUUCCCAACCCUCCCUCAGAAUUCCCAAACCCCCUCAGAAUUCCCAAACCCCCCUCAGAAUUCCCACCCUCCCUCAUAAUUCCCAAAUCCCCCUCAGAAUUCCCAAAUCCCCUCAGAAUUCCCAAAUCCCCCUCAGAAUUCCCAAACCCCC